AUGGCCGUGGACUUUGGGGACCAUGCCAGCGGGUUCCGCCACAACGAGGUGAUCAGAUUCAUCAACAAUGAAGUCCUCAUGAACGGGGGCGGCCCCGAUUUCUACGUGGCCUUCUCCUCGCGGCCCUGGAAUGAGGUAGAGGAUGUGCUGCGCGUCGUCGUCGCUGACCCGCAGGUGCCGUGCACCCUCAAGAGGGCCUGUGCCUGGAGCGCGCUGGCCUUGAGCGUGCGUGUGGGCGCGAGGCAGCAGGAGCAGCAGGCGCGCUGGGUUCGGUGGCUCCAGGAGAAGGUAGAGGAACGCGAGGCGGCUUCCUGGGCCCUCUCCGCCGAGCUGCGGCGCCUGCGCGAGGAGCGCGAGGAGGCAGCAGUGCACCUACGAUGCACGCGGGCUGCCUUGCAGCAGGCGCUGAAACAGCGCGAUGUGCUUUGUGGGCGGCUUCUCCAGGUCUAGAGGUCGGCACAGGUCACCCCACUGGCCCAAGAGUUGGUGCCUGGGCCUCGAGCCGAGCAACUUGGGGCUGCAGAGUGGCCCGUGAGCACAGAGCAGCAGAGAGAUGUGGUAGCCAUGGGGGAGCAUGACAGGCUGUAUUUCAAGGGCCAGAUGCCAGCCCCGACAGAUGUCCUUUAUGUGCCGGGACCCCCGAGUCCCUGGGCCCAGGCCGUGCAACCCCCUCUGCCAAUGCUGAUGCCAUACCCAUUUCCAUUCCAUGCACCAUUCCCGAUGGGAUUCCCAUUCUUGCCACCUGUACCACCAGCAGUAGUCAUGGAAACAGAAGCUGGAGUCGUCCCAUUUCAGGUGCCUCCUCUGAUCUAUCCACCUGGCCCGUGGGCUGCAAUGGGCUUUCAGGGGGAGAUGGCCCCACUGUGGAACCAGAGGAGCUACAGCCAGGGGGAAGGUCCUGAGAUCCUGCAGGGUACAGUCCCCUUAGGGGAUAUCAGAAGUCUUAACCAGGAAGAAGGUCCAGAGAGGUCCGAGGGAAUGGUCACUCUUGGGGAUAGUUGGAGCCACAGCCAGGAAGAAGGCCUAGAGAGCCCCCAGGGGAUGGUCCCUCUGGGGGCCAAUGGGAGCUACAGCCAGGAAGACGUUCCCAAAAGGUCCCAGGGGGGUGUUCCCCUGGGGGGGUCAGCAGAAGCCAGAGCCAGGAAGGAGGAGACACGCCAGGAAGGAGGUCCAGAGAGGCCUCAGGCAACCGCGCAGGGGGACAGCUGGAGCCCUAGUGGGAGAGAAAACCCAAAGAAGCAACAGCCUCAGGGGCAGAAGACCAAGCGGCCAAAAGGGAAAAAAGCCUCAGAAUCACACCACCAGGAGAAGGCUGCCUCAGGCUGCAGUUCAGUGAAUUGGGAGUGCCUGUGGUGUAAAGCAAUGAAUUUUCCAUGGCGCAAGGCCUGCUAUGAAUGCACGAAAGUCUGCAUGGCAGUUGAGAGUGAAGGCCGGGACCCAGGACAAACCCACUGA